GCCAGCAGCGGGUGAAAGUCAGACGCACACCUCGCUUCGAGUAACGAGCACGCGACCACGACACAACCAUUUGCACUCGUUCCGCGACUUUGUUAAUGAUAAUUUCAAAUAAACAAAUAAACCGCUUCAGUGUGCCGCUGUACAGACGACCGGCGAUGACGCGUAGUAAUCACUGGGCGCACACCGCGCUCGAGGCUGCUCCGCUGAUAGUGUGGUGCGGAGGCGCAGGCCCGCCGGCGGCGCGAGCGCGGGCGCGGGCGCAGCGCUCAGUCGCGAGCAUGCUGACACCGUGCAUCGUCGUAGCGCUGGCCGCAGCGCUCGCCGCACCCGCCGCCGCAGCCGUCACCGGCGCCAUCGACGUAGACCUCAACAACACGCUGCCCGCCGAACGAUACUUCAUCGACAAGAUAUUCGACAAAUACGGGUACAAAGGAGUCAUCACUUUUGAAGGCUUCGAGCACCUCCUAGACAACCUUGGUCUGGGUGGGCGAGUGUUCAACUCCCCGCAUGACCUGGCUCUGCACCGGAUUAAUGGCACCUUCCGUCAGCUGCAUGAUACCCAGCACCGACACAGGCGUUCACCUCCUGCUGACGACACGCCGAUAUUGAAGAAGUCAUGUCUGUCGCCGAGGGAGAUUCUAGAAGUGUACGGGAUGGAGAACGAGCCUGGUGUGAUCACCAUCAAGCCCAAGACCUUCUUGGAAAUGUGUCCCGCCCUCGUCUACCAACUAGACCAACGAUCCUGCUACAAGACUGAAGCACCCGUACCGAAAUUGGAAAGACAUUGGACAUGGAUCUACGCAAGUCUGAGUAUCUUGGUGAUCAGCGCUACCGGGCUGCUGGGUGUGGCGGUGGUGCCGCUCCUCAAGUCUGUAAUAUUCAGUCACGUGCUGCACUUCCUUGUGGCCGUAGCCGUCGGCACUCUCUGUGGCGACGCCCUCCUUCACCUCAUGCCGCACGCCCUCCGAUCCCACGGCCCGCCAUCCCAGCCGCAAGAAGAAACCGAAGUCGUACUCAAAUGCAGCGUCACUUUCCUCACAAUUCUUCUCUUCUACACCGUCGAAGCUAUCAUGCAAACGAUACAUGGCGGUCACGCACACUCCCACGAUCCAGCAAAGAGUGUCGAAGAAAUUAAACAAGAAGCCGUCAAACAAAUUGAACCCAUAGAGCUGGGAGCGAUGAUGCCUGGGUCCCCUCCGCCCCCGGCCGAACGCCCGAUGACGUCAACUGCGCUUAUGGUGAUAGUCGGUGAUGGCUUGCACAAUUUGACAGACGGCCUGGCUAUAGGCGCAGCGUUCAGCGGUGACCCGGUAACAGGCUUCGCUACAGCGUUAGCCGUGUUCUGCCACGAAUUACCGCAUGAGCUCGGGGACUUCGCUGUGCUGUUGCGAUCAGGGAUGAGCAUCAGGCGCGCCCUCUACUACAAUUUAUUGUCGUCCAUACUCAGCUUCAUGGGUAUGGCAGGCGGUAUCUGGCUGGCGGAGGACCACGAGUCCGCCUCGCAGUGGAUCUACGCCGCGACCGCCGGUACCUUCUUCUAUAUAGCUCUAGCGGACCUAGUUCCCGAGAUAAACGAGAACAAUCACGGGAAAAGUUUAAAUUUAGUUCUAGCAGUGUUAGGUAUUCUUACUGGCGGCGUGAUCAUGCUGCUGAUAGCGCUACAUGAAGACUCUAUACAAUAUCUCUUUAGAAAUGCAGAACAAUGAACAAGUUGACUUCCUAUGUAGGUAGUACGUAUUAUAUAGUACAGCAUAUGUGAUAAAUGUACUCAUGGUUGUUCAAUAAUCAUAGAUUAAUUAAUUUACCUAAAUAGUGUUAGGUAGGUACUUGCGGAAAUAAUAAUGUUUUGAUGGAAUAUCACAACUACAACAAAUACUUAGUUUGAAUACUUUUCCUAAUGCAGGCUGAAUAAUGUAAGAGAAAGUUAUUUUAGAUUUAAUUUAUCUGUGUACAUAUUUCUUCAGUAUCAAGAUAAUAAAUGUUACUAAGUCUCAACUUCAUAAAAAUCAUAUAAGUAGGUAUGUUUUAGAUCAAUUCGUACAACUGCCGUUACGAAAUAAGCAUUGUUUUUAACUGUUGUUUUGCGUUCAUUUUUUAUUUGUGUCUAUUUUAGAUAAAGGAAGACACAACAUUCAUCGUCAGACCUUCGUUAUUGAGAUAUAUAGCAUAACACAGAUUUUUUUUACACAUCGAUAUCAAUAUUUUACAUCCGACAUACUUACGCUUAAACUCAGUCUUCAAAACACGGUUUCGUUCUUACUUAAACAUACUACAAAGUAUUAAACAGCUCACAUUAGUGUUUAAUUAGAUAUCUAGAUUUAAAAUUAGUUAAAUAUACAAGCCUAAUGUAAAUAGACGCAAUAUUUUUAAGAUAGGUAUAACAUUAUUCUUAAGUAUAAGUAAUUUAUUGUCAUAAUAACUGUUGUUUCUGUAAAUAUUUCUGUUUACUCAAUUAGCUAUUUUAAAGACUAUUUUUAACUAUCCCAUCAGAAGCCUUAAUUACCUAUGACAAUUCAGUUUCAGGAUAUAAAACGUGCUGAUAUGGUAACGUGUAACUGUAACUCUGUUUACCUACUAUGUGUCUCGUUUCUUUGUUUGGUCUUAUUUACGGUUUGCCUUAAACUUAUGGUGCGCUAUUUAUUGCAAUUUCUUUAACUAUGUAAAACCUACAUAAGCAAUACGAGUAACAAAACAUGAUCAGCGUAAUAUAAUAAAUAUAUCCUACUAGGAUAUUUCUCUUUUUAUUUAUAUUUUUCCUUUUUCUAGGACAUUUUGGCAUUCACGAUAAUAAUAUUCACUUCCGGUGUUCGAAGAACUACCCACUUAUUUGCGACGUUUUAUUUCCAUUAGACCAUAGAUACCAGCAGAGCUACCAUGCGCAACAUGUUAAAAUUAUCGAUCGAUUAAAUAAAUUUUGUCGAAAUCGAUAACUUUGUUUUUUCAAUUUGUUUUUUCCAUAACAUGCGUGACAAGUGACUUUGAUCAUAUUUUGACAGAACAACAUGACUUAUUUGGGUUCACAUAUUAGCACCAAUCGACAAAACGACAUGAUUAUAUCGUCAGAAUCGAUAUAAUGACCGUGACAAAAUUUUAUUACGUUGCGCAUGUUAGCUCUACAGUUGUCAUCAUUUGAAUGCACCUUAAUCAACGAUAAAAUUGUUUUUUUAUUAUUAUUAUUUCGUCAUACACAAUAUUGUCGUAGUUAUAAUGUCUCUUGGAAAUCAGGUAUACGUGUUGUUAUACGUCUGCCAUAACGCAUAAUUUAGAAAAGUUUAUUUUGUGAUUAAGUAGGUAAUAAACAUUUCUGAAAUGA